CCCGUCCCGCAGGGACUACAACUCCCAGCGCUCUGCGGCGCGGCCCGGCGGCGGCCGAGGGGGUGAGAGCGGCUGCCCCGGGAGCCGAGUUCUCCUUCAGGCCGCAGCAUGAACGGCAGCGUGGCGGGCGGCGGCUACGCCGAGGAGAUUAUCAGCCUCACCCGCAGACCCUCAGGGUUAGGCUUCAACAUUGUUGGUGGGACAGAUCAGCAGUACAUUGCCAAUGACAACAGCAUCUAUGUCAGCUGGAUCAAAAAGGAUGGGGCAGCUUACCUUGAUGGCCGAUUACAAGAAGGAGAUAAAAUUUUAGCGAUCAAUGGCAAAGACUUGAAGGAUUUGCGGCACAAGGAUGCUGUGGAACUGUUCAGGAAUGCAGGCUAUCACGUGUCUCUGAAAAUUCAGCGCAGGUUGCAGCCACAGAAUGGCCCUGUGGGUCAAGGAGGAGAUGGAGAAUCAGGUGGGCUUCCUCUGGCAGCCAUUCUUGUGCCAGGCCUGGCGCUUGCUGCAACAGCAGUCUGGAUCUUGCUGAGGUAUCGACAGCGGAUGUGAAGAGUUCACGGCUGGGAUAUCACUGCGUAUUUUACACAGCUAUGAUGCAAUUUAAAGAUAGAGAAUCAACAAUCUUGUCACAGACUGAUGCCAAAAAGGAUCAUUGCCUAUCAUCAAAGUUGCUGCUGAUGUUCGUAUAUAUUGAUUUUGUUGCAGGGUGGAUAGAAGCAGAGAGAAAAAAAGGGAAGGGAGAGGACUGUGUUUAUGUAAAGAGUGGGAUAGCUGUAUUUUUUGACAAAUCGAGGAGGUUUUGCCAUCCUCUUCUAUUUUGCACCAUGAACUUUCAAACACACUCAUCUAUUCCACAUUUUAAGGUUUAACUUUUGGUUAAAGGGAGUGGGAGUGAUUUUAAAUCAAAAACAUUUUCUAGAGGCUUUGCCUUGUUUCCACAGAAUUUUUUCUUGAAUCUAAUGAAUUCUGUCCAAACCAUGAAUAAAGAGAAGCAAUGCAAAGGGUAUAUUAUUUUUCCUAUUGAAGUUUUGUCGGUUGUUGCUAAAUAAAUGCCUUAAAUGUGUAAAAUCUGAUCUGUGGUUUCACAGGUAAAAUCUUCAGUGUAGCUACUGAUUUAACAGCAAUAUGCAGUAUUGGUGAGACAUUUUGCCAGUUGUGGAAAGAUAGAAGAUAGCUUGCUGCUAGAAGAAGAUUGUGAUUGUCAAAAUGAUAGCUCAUUUUUGGGUCAGAGUUGUAAGAAAAAGCUUUCCACAAAAUGCUAGCAUACUGGAGAGAGACAGACAACUGAAUCACAAGGAUAAGUGGUGGCAAGAGAUUCAGGCAUGCUGAAGCUGUAGAAGAGCCUUUAAAUUCAUAGUGAAGCAAUAGUUCCUCCAUUCAUCAGGUGGGUUGAAGUCUACAUCUCUCAGGUUAGAGGUCUGGGGGUUAUUUUUUGCACAGGGAAUACUUCAGAUAAAAUUUUCGGUAGCAGCUAACUUGCUCUCUGCGGUCAGGAGACUCUUAUGAUGAUUGAAAGGGAGAAGCUGAGAGCAGGCUGGGGUUGUCCUGGCUUUUACUUGUUUGUGAAGAGUUAUGUGAUGUUCAGGAGAUGGACAGUCAGCUUUAAGCUGGGGUAAAGCCUAGCAGGUAAAAUCAGAGGGAAGAGACCCUCCUCUGGAAAGUAUAUGGCUGAAUUUACCUCCAGGGUCUCAUCUCCUCACUGUGAUUUGAAUAGAUUUAAAUGCCCUAGCUUGAUAGGAGCUCUGUGGGUAAGACCUGUUUCUCUUGUCUCCAAGAAAUCAAUGUGUUUUGUUGUUUUUUAAAAGAAAAGUGAAAUGCAUGGUCUGGUCUGUAUGAUGCCAAAGAAGAGAUCACAGAUGCAAUAUAUGUUUUCAAAGAAAAACUGGUGUCUUGGUGCUUUACUUAUCUCUGUUCUCAUAGGACAUUGCUGAUGUAUUUGAAAUUGUUGUGUUUGCUCAGGGCUAUGUUCCUGAGCAAACUGCUGGAGAUAAAAGUGGCUAUGCUGUUGAACAUGGCAUUCCUAAAUCACCUUGGAGCUUCAGAGCACUUGGAUCACAUGAAAUCUUGCUUUGGCCUAUAGACUGCUCUAGUGUAAGGGGAAGCGGAAACUGGAAGAAUUUUGCUCCAUGUUCUUAGGGGACUUUGGGAACAAUAUUGAUGUUGACUGGCCUGGGCUAAGGCAUGCAGUGACUUCCCUUGGCCUGCAAACCAGUUGUGCCUGAUAGCAGAAGGGCUGCUGUGUAGACAGAUCUUUGCAGCUACAGCAUGAACCAGCUUGUUUGUGACCUGCUCUGAAUAUUUGGCUGUGGUGUCCAUGUGCAGCCCAUGUGUGUGUUAAGAUGGGUGAUUAGAAAUUGAUGCUGUUUUAUCACAGCCUUCAGAAUAAACAGGCAGACAUUAAGAAAAUGGCCUGUCUUGUUAGCUUUUCCCUGAGUUGAGUUUCUGUGAUGAGAAGUAGUAUGUGGAUCAGGCUAGGAGCAUGAGAAUUUAUGGACAGUAAUGUUUUAGUCAUUUCCCAUUGAAGUAAGAGAAAGAAAAAGCUUUGGGAUUUUUUUUGUUUGUUUGCUUGUUUAACCUUUCAGCUUUGUGACUUUGAUACUGUUCAGACAUGACUGCCAUCUAUAUUGCAGGCAGUUUAU